UAGCUCAGCCUCUUCCUGGUACCUUGGAGGCUCAUGCAUAUGGAGGAGGGCUUUCUCCGCUCUUCCUCCUCCUCCUCCUCCUCCUCCUGGGGGGCAAGGGAGAGAGGGAAGGAGCGCCACUGAAGGCCAGACAGCCCGGUUAGAGCCCUUCUCCCCCCACCCCACCCCACUCCCGCUGCCAGCCAUGCCAGGCCGGCCCUCGCUGGGCUCCCCGUGAGAGAUGGCCAUGUCAGCCAGCCCCGAUGAGGAAGACUACGACUCCUCGGAGCAAGAGCAGAACCGGGCAGUCGGGCGUCCCAAGGGGAAGCUGGGCCCUUCCUCGGCCGUGAAGCUCGCAGCGAACCGGACGACUGCAGGCGCGCGUCGUAGGAGGACGCGAUGUCGCAAGUGCGAGGCCUGCCUGAGGACAGAGUGCGGCGAAUGUCACUUCUGCAAGGACAUGAAGAAGUUUGGGGGGCCUGGCCGCAUGAAACAGUCCUGCAUUAUGAGGCAGUGCAUUGCGCCGGUGCUGCCUCACACCGCUGUGUGCUUGGUGUGCGGAGAAGCAGGGAAGGAAGACACGGUGGAGGAGGAAGAGAGCAAAUUUAACCUGAUGCUUAUGGAGUGCUCCAUCUGCAACGAAAUUAUCCACCCCGGGUGCCUUAAGGUGCGAGAAUCGGACGGCGUGGUGAACGAGGAGCUUCCGAAUUGUUGGGAAUGUCCCAAGUGCAACCAUGCUGGGAAAACGGGGAAAGCGUACAAGCAAAAGCGGGGCCCUGGGUUCAAAUACGCCUCCAACCUGCCGGGGUCUUUGCUGAAAGAGCAGAAGAUCAACCGAGAGAGCAAGGAAGUUGUCCCCGAGGCCCCCAAGAGGAAAGUCGAGUGCGAGGAAUCGCCCCGCAAGAAAUCCGACGAGCGGCCCCCGAAGCCGCCCCCGGACCCUCUCGUGUGGAAGAAGUCCUCGGAGGCAGCCCACCUGCGCCGCAAGCGGAAAUUCGAGAAACCCCAAGAGCCAGCCAUGAGGAAGCGGCUAAAACUUGGGAAAGAAGAGAAACUGUUCAGGAAAAAGAGGCGCUCGUGGAAGACCCCGGAUGACCGGGUGGCUGCCCUCAAGCCCCUGCGGCGCUUCAAGCAAGAAGGGGGAGAGGUCUUCCCGGAGGAAGCUCCGAAAACCAAGGAGAGCGACCAGUCGCGUUCGAGCUCGCCCACCGCGGGGCCGAGUUCGGAAGGCGCCGAGUCCCGGGAGAAAAAGAAAUUCAAGAUCCGCCGGAAAGCCCGCCUGCCCAACAAAGAGCUGAGCAAGGAGCUGAGCAAGGAGCUCAACCAGGAGAUCCAGAAGACCGAGAACAGCCUGGCCAACGAGGACCACCAGCCCAUCAAAUCGGAGCCGGAGAGUGAGAACGAGGAGGCCAAGCACCACCUGGGCCCGGAGCAGCUGCACCCGCUCACCAAGGGCUUCAACGGGACGCCGCAGGAACUCCGCCACCCGUUCAUCUCCAACCUCCGCGGCAGCACCCCCAGGGCCAUCGCCCGCCCCCCUCCUUCCCUCUCGCCCCCCAAGUGCAUGCAGAUGGAGCGGCACGUGGUGCGGCCGCCCCCCAUCAGCCCCCCGCCCGACUCGCUCCUGCUGGACGAUGGGGCGGCCCACGUGAUGCAGAGGGAGGUGUGGAUGGCUGUCUUCGGCUACCUCCGGCCCAGGGAACUCUGCGUCUGUAUGAGGGUCUGUCGGACCUGGAAUCGGUGGUGCUGUGAUAAACGGCUGUGGACCAAAAUAGACCUCAACCAUUGCAAAUCCAUCACUCCCCUAAUGCUGAGCGGUAUCAUCCGAAGGCAGCCGGUCACACUGGAUCUGAGCUGGACAAACAUCUCGAAAAAGCAGCUGAGCUGGUUGAUCACCCGGCUUCCAGCUCUCCGGGAUCUGCUUUUGGCCGGAUGUUCGUGGAUCGCCGUGUCCGCACUCUGCAGCUCCAGUUGCCCCCUUCUUCGAACGCUGGACAGCCAGUGGGUGGAAGGCCUGAAGGAUGCCCAAAUGCGGGACCUCCUGUCGCCCCCAACUGACAACCGGCCAGGCCAGAUCGACAACCGAAGCAAGCUACGGAACAUCACCGAUCUCCGCCUGUCCGGCUUGGAUAUCACGGAUGCUUCCCUGCGUCUGAUCAUCCGGCAUAUGCCUCUCCUGUCCAAGCUUAAUCUCAGCUUCUGUAAUCACGUCACGGACCAGUCCAUCAACUUGUUAACGGCGGUGGGCACCACCACGCGGGACUCGCUAACCGAGGUUAUUUUGAGAGACUGCAACAAGGUGACCGACCAGUGCCUGUCGUACUUCAAGCGCUGCGGGAGCAUCUGCCACAUCGACCUCCGCUUCUGCAAGCAGGUCAGCAGGGAAGGCUGCGAACAGUUCAUCGCCGAGAUGUCGGUCAGCGUCCAGUUUAGCCAAACGGAAGAGAAACUUCUGAAGAAGCUGAGUUAGUAUUUGCAAAGACAGUGUUGUAAAUGGAGGCGAAGGAAGCAGGGGGCGGGGUGGAAGGACCAAAGGAAGAUGCUUUUUUUUCUUCCGGACACGCGGCGUAGAUGUCGAGGAUGGACCGGACCGCGUGGGAAUGCCGCCAGGUUAGCAAUUUGGUGCUCUGGAGGACGGUUUGCUUCCUGGGGUUUCCGUGUGCCGGGAAAGAGACGGAUACGCCCACUCGGAACUGCGGCCGGAGUUGCCUGGACGAAGACUUUUUUUUUGCAAGCCUCCGAAACCUUCGUUCCGCGCUGCUGAAGGUGGGCUCCUCCCCUGUGUUUUUCCGCCUACGGGAACUCUGGUUUGGAGGGGGGGGUGUUGUUUAUUUUCUUCCCGUUACAUCUUGACCUGAUGCAAAACUAUUUUUGUACAAAUUCCCUUUUAAAAAGUUAUUUAUGCAAAGUUCUCAAA